CCUCACUAGGGCUGCAGAAAUAGGUAGUAAACAAAUUUAGGCUAUCACUUUACCGGAAUGGCUCGCUUUGAGGAGGCGGACCCGCGAUGGCUUGUGAAGGAUAUGGGCGAUCAGGGACGAAACGUCAACAACUGGCACUGGACAGAACGCGAUUGCACUGAAUGGGCCAAGCAACGCCUAAGUGAGGUGCUUGCGGGUAUCACGCUGACGCCGCCUCCCGCUGCCGUACGCACCACCACACUGGAGUCCAUGGUCGGCGACGCCUUCCUGAACAUCCGCAAGAACAAGCUGAUUCCCUCGUACGACCUGGAGGUGCGGGUGGGCUGGAGCGGCGAGCUGACGGACGGGGAGGGGCGGGUGGUGGGCAGUGCAAGCGGCAAGCUGCACCUGCCGCACAUCGGAGAUGACAACCAUGACGAGGACCCCGAGAUCCGCAUCAUCUGCGACACCAACACCUCGGACGCGGAGCGCCUCAAGGCUGCCGUACACUCGUACGGCAAGAAGCCGCUGUUGGCUGCCGUACACGCGUUCGUAGCGGAGCUGCGAGCAGGCGGCCCCGCCCUGGCGGAGGCGUCGGAUGCUGCUGCUGGGGGCGCUGCGAGCGGAGGUGAGGGCGGCCGCAGCAGCCAAGCCAACGGAGGCAGCAGCAGCAGCAGCAAGCCCAAACUGAGCAGUGCGGAGGUGGAGAGGAGCAAGGCGGCUGCUGCGGCUGCGGCUGCGGCGAAGAGUGGCAGUGGCAGCGGGGGCCGGUCGAUCAGCAUCACGGAGAGGUUCCACUGCCGCCCCUCCGACAUAUACGAGUGCUUCACGGUGGAGGGCCGCGUGUGCGCCUUCACGCAGAGCCGCGCAGUGGUGCAGCCACACGCCCCCGGCGGCACCUUCUCCUGGUACGGCGGCGCCAUCAGCGGGCAGUUCCUGCAGCUGCAGCCGCCGGGGCGCAUCGAGAUGAGCUGGCGGUUCAACACGUGGGAGGAGGGGUGCAGCUCGAAGGUUGUGAUUGAGAUCUCGGAGCCCGAGUACGGCAACACGGUGGUUCGCAUCUGCCACAGCGGCCUGCCGCCGGCCGACCGGUUCGGCAACGAGGACACGGCGGACGUGACGGAGCGAGGCUGGCAGUCGCAGGUGCUUCAGCGCAUUCGGCAGGUGUUUGGGUACGGG